GGUUUAGGUUAGGUUCGGCGGGUCUCCUCGGAGCAUGUGUUCGAUACCUUUUUUUUUCUCCUGCACGCGUCUUGAAAGUUGAGCGCUCGUCGAUCUCGGAUAUAUUUAUUUUUGACCACCGAAGCAAUAACAUUACACUAAAACUGGAAGAUGUCGAAAACGAUAGGAAGGAUGAAAAUGGCCAAGAAGGUGCUCGAGAAGGUCGAUCACUCGUCGAAACUGCACGUGGACAUCCCCGCGGGGAUGGCGUCGUCCGCGCCGCCGCUCGGAUCCCAGCUCGGACAGAGGAACAUCAACAUCGAGAACUUCUGCAAGGACUUCAACAAGAGGACAGCCAACCUCAAGGAGGGCAUUCCUCUGCCGUGUCGCGUGAAAGUGCAUUCGGACAGAACGUACGAUCUGGUGAUCCAUAAGCCGUCGACGGUGUACUACCUGAAACAGGCGGCUGGAAUACAGAAAGGGAGAAUAAAGAAAGGCGAAUUAGCUGGCAAGAUAACUCUGAAACACUUGUACGAGAUCGCCAAGAUCAAGAUGGAAGAUCCGUGCAACGCGCUGCUGAGUCUACAACAAAUGUGUCAAAUGAUGGUCGGCAUCGCUCGCACAUGCGGCAUCGAGAUCGUGCGCGAGAUCGACCCAGAAGAGUACGCGCAGUUCCUGAAGGACAGGGAAGCGGUAAUCGCGGAGUAUCGCGAGGAGCUUCGGUUAGCCAAAGAAAGCAAAGUACUCAGAACAAACUAAUUUGUAACUAGAAUAUUUAAAUAUUUGUAAUUAUCAUAUAUAUAUGUUAUGUAUAUAAUAAAAAAGAGGUUCUUUCGACGAAGGUACAUUCAUUAUAAAAGAAACCACAGCACAAA